CGACGCUCGGGUAAAAAGAAAAGUUGUCCCGGGACAACUUCCCUUCCACCGACCCGCGGACGGUUGGACGCGGGGUGCAGGGUGCGUUUGUCCGGCCGGGAUCUGGCGCUGGGUGUCGGGUUAACUCUCCGCUUCCUCCUCGGUGCGUCGUUAGCCUGGAGGCGAGGCACGAGCUCUGCGCGAGUUCCACUCAGGCUAACGAACAAGUAAACAAGCCUGUUUGUUACAGUGAACUGCGGCUAACCGUGCUAGCAAACAAGUAAACAAGCCUGUUGUUAAAGUUACCCGUCGCCGAUCGUCCUCCAUUAUGGCUCAUUUCACCAUAUGAGACCCAAGUGAAGAGGAGCCACUGUGAAGCCACUGUAAAAGAAGCGUGCCAUGUCCGGUCCCACCUGGCUUCCACCAAGGACUCUGGACAGCCCAGAGCGAGCCGUCCCACAGAUGUCCCACUCUGCCGGGUCAGCAAUCUACCGAGCCCCCAACAAGAAGGGCGUGUCCGACUUCCGGCCGAAAUAUGGUCCCUAUGACCAGAAUGGAGGAGGAGGGGGAGGGGGAGGAGGAGGAGGAGAGAUGGUCAACAGGUACAUGGCCACUGGACCCACAGGUGGAUCCAUUCAUCAUCCAUCUAGCGAUCACUAUUACUCCCCUCCCCACGGUCCCAAGGAAGAUCGCCACUGGGGCCCUCACAUGGAAAGCUACGAGCUGAUGCAUCGUGGAUCUGAAAAGCCUGUGAGCUAUCACUCUAAAAUAGAUGCUGAUAUCGACUCCCUCACCAGUAUGCUCGCAGAUCUCGACAGUCACCCACAGGACACCAGCACACAACUGUACGACAAUGUGCCUUACAACAAAUACCUCUCAGGGGAUCACUACAAGCCUGCACACCAGAGCGCAGCCCCUCCUCAGGGUCGGCCAUCCAUGGGCUACCCCCCUCACCCCCAUAGCCAAUACCACCCUGCACCGCCCUACCCAAGCGAGCAUCAUACACCUCAGUACUCCACCUCCCACCAGCAGGACUACUACUCCUCCUCCUCGUCACCUAAACCCUACCCCCAGCCCGUACCGGCCUCCUACACCACCGCCUCCACCCCUACCGGGCCAAGGUUCAGCGUCCAGGUCAAGACAGCGCAGCCCGUCACCUACUCGCAGACGGGCAGGCAGGCUGAACAGGCCUACACCCCGCCCCCACCUCGCCAGCAUGUGUCACGCCCCCAACACCAGACUCAGGCAAGUCCUCAGGGCUGGUACCCCCCGCACCCCGGGUCACAAGGUCAAGAUUUGCACUCUGACACGGGGUACAAGGGGAGUGGCUCAGGGUCUGGAGGAAGAGUCAACCAGGUUCCGAUAACUAAGAGAGGGAUGGAAAACAAUCAGACGGGAGCAGGAGCUGCACAGAAUCCUGCUUAUCAGUCCAGUAAGCAGGUUUUACCAACAACCAGGCCUGAGGAGGAGCUGGACCGACUCACCAAGAAGUUGGUAUACGAUAUGAACCACCCCCCUGCAGAGGACUAUUUUGGCCGCUGUGCCCGCUGUGGUGACAACGUGGUCGGCGACGGCAGUGGCUGCAUCGCCAUGGAGCAGGUGUUUCACGUGGAGUGUUUUACGUGCAUCACCUGCCACGCCCGUCUCCGGGGACAACCCUUCUACGCCCUGGACAAGAGGAGUUACUGCGAGAGUUGUUACAUUAGUACACUAGAGCGCUGUUCAAAGUGCUCCAAGCCCAUCCUGGACCGGAUCCUACGCGCCAUGGGAAAAGCCUACCACCCUCGCUGUUUCACAUGCGUGGUGUGUAACUGCUGCUUGGACGGCGUGCCCUUCACCGUGGACGCCACCUCCCAGAUACACUGCAUAGACGACUUCCAUAGAAAGUAUGCGCCGCGCUGCUCGGUGUGUGGCGGGCCUAUCAUGCCUGAACCGGGCCAGGAGGAGACGGUCAGGAUAGUGGCUCUGGACCGGAGCUUCCAUGUCAACUGUUACGUCUGUGAGGAAUGCGGUCUCCUGCUGUCGUCCGAAGGGGAGGGCCGCGGCUGUUACCCGCUGGACGGCCACAUCUUGUGCAAGAGCUGCAGCGCUCGCCGCAUCCAGGACCUCUCAGCCAAAAUCUCCACCGACUGCUAACAGACCUCCUUUAUCCUCCCAACCUGCUUCUUUCUGCAGCCACACUGUUACAAACCACGUGUUGUACACAAGAUCGAUAUCACAGACAGGAUUCAGCUCCGGCUUUGUUCUGUGCUAUAAAUUACUUUUUUCUUUUUUUUGUGGUUGCUCUGAUCGUGAAUUGGAUCAGACAUUUCUACAGCGCCCUCCGGUGGUGUGCUGUUGCAGUUACAUUCACAGAAAGACUUUUUCAGUUUCAGAGUUACCGAUCCAAAUAACGACAGAGCAACCAUCUCACUUAUUCCCUUCCAUUCAAAUAUCCUACCACAUUUCUGUCUUUUACAUACUCAACGGCCCCUGCUUUUCACACUCAGCUCAGUAUUAGCACAACAGAGGCCUGACCUGCAGGCAGCUUGGGCUCCACUUAACAUUUAUUCAUUCUGGUACUGCUCAUCUGUUAGCUUGCACGUUGUCGCUACUGAUAGAGAUCAUGAAAGUAUGGAGGGAUGUGACAGAUUCUGGCCUUAAAAUGUUUAUUUCGACAUAUAAGCGACAUAAAUGAUAAGCAGGCUGUUAAACUCUGGGAUCUGUACAUUUGUAAAAGUGCAGAACUGCCUCAAAGCAAGCAUUUUAAACACACACAAAGCAACUGUGACUGUACAUAACAGACUGGUUUGGUUUGUACAGCAUGUAGUGCAGUGAAUCUUUGCAGUGAGUAGCACAGUAGCACAAGAAAUGUAGACAAAGGAAUGUGUAGUUACAGAACAAGGGUUUUUCUCCUCUUUAACUUUUACUGAACGCUACUACAACAUUUGCCAGAACAGAUCUCGACAUUCAAACAUCAUGAUAUCGUUUGAUAAAUCAAAGCUCUCAACAGGACUUUUCUUCUUUUUAAAUCAUGCAGAAUAACAUUUUUGAAUGUCUACGAUACACAAUCUUGCUUUGGUUCUGUUUGAUAUUUGUUGAUUUGGUUUAUACUUGACUGUUACAUUGAAGACAAUGGUGCAAUGAAGUCAAACGCUAAAGGAAAACAGGGUGAAAACAUGUGAAGAGUCUGUGAAAACAAACUGAAGUUGAAGAAAAUUUAAAAGAUUCAUUUACUUGACAAAUACUUUUACAUACUUUUUUGGACUUAAAUGUAAUGAAUCCCCUGCUCUAAAGAAAACAUUAAUAGUAUCUUUGGAUCCUCACAUGUGAAGUUUCUUUUAAUCGUCCUUGCACUCACGUGGGCUGAGUUUCACAUGUUCUGAGUCAUUGGAGCUAAAGUGUUUGUCACAAUCGCGUUUAACUGCCGUUUUUCCGUCCUCCUUUUUUGUACACGUGUAACUUAAAGGGCUAGACAUUGGAACAGCCUUACCUCAAGGACGUCAUUCAGUUUCAUAACAACCCUCUUUUUUUUUGAAACUGUGAAUUCUGCUUAUUGUGCGACAGAACGUGAUCUCGCUAAAACGGUAUUGAGUUGUUAAUUUAUCUCAUGAUGUAUAUACUGCUUUUUGUCAUUAAGGUGAUCAUUUCGAUAAUGUGUCAUUUCAAAAACCUGUAUUCACGCCAACUCAUUAAUUUUUUUUAAUAACCUUACUGGGUGUUGUGUUUGAAAUGCUGUGAAUUGGAGCUUGGAGAUCAGAGCCCACGGUACCGCAGCAGACGUCAGUCCGCGGAUGAAUUCACACAGUGGAAAAGAGCGGGAAGCAUUUUGGUCUGAGUAAACAGACUAUUGAAGUAGAAAUGACGGUUACAUGCAUGUGAACCCAGAGGUGGAUUUUUCUCCUAACGCAGGUUGUAGCAACAUGAUUAAUUAUUAAAAUGUCAGCAAGUUCA